AUGGAGGACAUGGCUAGGACCGAGUAUCCGGCUAUGCUGGCAAAUCUCCAGCCUAGCCAGGCAGUACAAACCCUCACAGACCGAGUAAAGCGCAUCAACCGGGUCAAUUCCGAAGUUGCAGAUUGGCUCCAGGAGCGCCGUCGUGUCGAGGACCAAUACGUCCAGAGUUUGCGAAAGCUCGCCCAAUUCAAGGUGCCUAAUGCGCAGACGGAGCUGAGCGUCUUUCAGGCCCCAUGGAACCGAAUCGUUGACUCUGUCGAGGCCAUCGCCCACUCCCACCACCUCUUUGGCGAGCGCAUCGAAAAAGACCUCGAGUUCCCGCUCCGCAACUUCCACCACCGCACCGAUGCCCAGAACAUGAACACAAUGGCCUCCAACCUGGCCUCCAUGGCUAGGGAUCUGGAGGAUGCGCAGAAUCAAUCCGACAAGCUUAGCAGAAAGGGCGGUCGUGCUAAUACCCAAAAGGUCGAUGCCGCCUCAUCCAGACUCGAGGCCGCUUCCCAGCAAUGGGAGGCACAGGCGCCAUUCAUCUUCGAGUCUCUCCAGGCACUCGACGAGUCGCGAGUCAACAAUCUUCGAGAUCUCCUGACCCAAUAUCAAACCCACGAAUCCGACCAAGCUCAGCGUACUCAAGACCACGCCGUUCAGACACUCGCUCUGAUGCUGGAAAUCGAUACAGAAAAGGAGAUCCAGACCUUUGUCCACAAGGCCACUGCUGGAAAGACGAGGUUGCCCACGAGAACAUCCACCCGACAGUCUUCCGUUGCGGGCACCACGAGCUCUGCACCGGCCCCCCCGAGCACCGCGGGCAGCGCCAGCAUCCAACCGCCCAGCGUCCCGCCCAGCAUCCAGGCUCCGGAUGACGAUGUUAGCGAACACAACUCCGUUCCGGCUGAGCCCAAGCCAGAAUCCAAAUUGAGACGUCUCGGAACAAUGUUUGGCGGUCGACGACGUCAGAGCAUGCAUGGCGGCUUCGGUCAGCUCUCUCCUCAAAAGGCUCCCACCUUUGGACGACUUGGUACGAGCCACAGCCACCAUAGCCACGGCGUCUCUCCUAGGUCGUCCUCCACCAACCUACAAGAGCAUAACCGUUUGUCAUCUCUAGCCGAAACCCCCGACACCCCUAGGCUCGCCGAUUCCGAUUCGUUCCCGCCCCAGUCGGCAGCUUCGCACGAGAACACGAAUGGAGUGACGCUCCAUGACGCUCCUAUGGAAAUGUCUACACUCGUCCCGACUACCAGCGGCGUCAAUGGCAAUCAUGAGAAGGAUGUGUCGGAUGUUCCACCUCCUCCAGGCCCCCCUCCGUCUCAGCAAGAAAGCCAACCGCCACCUGGGUCCAAGGAUGCCGAAGGCUUCACGAUUCCGCCACCCAUGAACGACCCGAUUUCGGAGGCCCAGAAGGAAGCAGCUGGCGAGGACCCAGAGCAAAUGUUCAAGCUCAACAUCCAUCAAACGCCUGUUGAAGUGGAAGAUCCACAUGAAAAGCAAGCUGCCCUUUCCAGCGUUGUCAACAGUCUCAAGAUAGGCCCUGCCACCCGUCGAUCCAGUACCAUCAGAGGCCGUCGCGAUAUUCGCCAUACUGUCUACGUCCCGCCGCCGAACCUGCCCGAGAGCAACACCGCGUCUACACUGGGAGGGAUCCCGCUAUCUCCCUCCCUGCCUACUUCACUGUCCAAGUCCAGCGCCGUAGCUGCAUUGGCGUCUGAAGCCAGCAUUGCCGCGACCUCGGACACACAAUCAGUUCGGUCAGGGAACUCCCUGGGAAGCCUCGUGCACCCCAAGCACCCCGACAUGACAGCCCCUGGUCUGAACUCGUCCAUCAUCGAGACGGUGUCUGCUGUUUUUGAAGAGGGAGUUGUCAAGUCGUCAUCCGUUGCAGGUGAAGUUGCCUUUGUCAACAAUCCCAGUGACUCAGGCGACAUAAAGGAUCACGAAACAAUCCGCAUCAACAACUUUGCUGCCCUUGAACGUAUUGGACCUAACCGCAUUUUCGUCCAAAACUCUUCUCCCGACCAGCAAGAUCAGUUCUCUCUCGACGUUUCCCACCUCACGAGAACCUCGACGGCAUUCUCAUACCGACUUUUUACUGAAGAGCCGGAGGCCCUGGGACACCACGCUCCUCUACUGCUGAAGCUCGCCUGGAAGCCGCAAGGUGACAAGUUGGGAUUACUUCUACAGUACCAUCUCAACCCGGCUUGCGAGUUGACUGCCCCGGUGAUCUUGCACAAUGUCGUCUUUGUGGUGACUUAUGAUGGUCGUGCCAGUGGCGCUCAGACAAAGCCUACCGGAACUCAUCUCAAGGACAAGCACCUAGUCUACUGGCGCGUAGGAGACAUUACGCUUACAGACGCUCCGCAAAAGAUUGUGUGUCGCAUGAUUGGCGCCGAGGGCGUCUGUCCCAACCCGGGACAUGUUGAAGCCAGGUGGGAAUAUACAGCUUCAGGAGACGAAGUUGUAGGCAGCGGCAUCUCCAUCUCACGACUUGACGAAGGAAAGGGCAAGGUCAAAGAGCUAACCGACGACGAUCCUUUCGCUGAUGAUACCUUGACGACAUCGAGCCAAGAGCCCCAGUGGGUAGAUGUGCCCGCAAUCAGAAAGCUUGUGAGCGGAAAAUACGAGGGCAGGUAA